AUGCUCAACCAUAUUCAAUCAUUACCAAGGUGCCAUCAGGAGUCUUUGCGACACCUGAAUGAUGCGAGGGAGACUGAAGAGGAUCCCUACGAGAGCCUCUACCAAGCUGAGGAUCCAUCCGCCCCCGAGCCUGUAAAGGUUGACAAAAGCAAUAUGCUCCUCAUCGGGCCUACAGGCGUAGGAAAGACCUACAUUCUGGAUAAAAAGAUCAACGUCCCCUUCUCCAUAUGCGACUGCAAUUCAUUCACCCAAGCUGGCUAUAUUGGUCAAGAUGUCGAAUCCUGCAUCGAGCGCCUGCUCAUAGAGUCCAACUACGACAUCAAAGCCACAGAGCAUGGAAUUGUGGUGCUGGACGAAUUUGACAAGAUUGCUCGGCGAGAAACGACAACCGGCAGGGAUGUCGGGGGCGAAGGCGUGCAACAGGCAUUGCUGAAGCUCGUAGAGGGUACCAAAGUGACGAUCAACGUGAAGGACAACCGCUCUUCGCGAUCCACUCCGCCCAUCACAACGAACUUCGGUGGCGGAGGCUCCUCAACCGCCCAGGUGACACCCCCUGGCGGCAAGGUCGACCAAUUCACCAUCGACACCACCAACAUCCUCUUCGUGUUUUGUGGUGCCUUUGUAGGCCUUGACAAGAGCGUCCUUCGCCGCGUUGCCAAGCCCUCGGUUGGCUUUGGCGGGAAGGUCGAGGGACGAACAACGGUAGCUGGAACGAAGCAAGCGUUACCGCAGGAGCUCUUCUCCCAUCUCCCACAUUAUACCGCUGCCUCGGCCCCGUCGUUCACACCGCUUGAUCUCACAACGCCAGAGGAUUUGCAGGCGUUUGGCUUCAUCCCCGAACUAAUUGGCCGUUUGCACAAUGUCUGUGCACUGAGCCCUUUGUCCACAGAUGAUCUGUUUCGUAUCCUGACUGAGCCACGCAAUAGCCUUGCUGCCCAGUACAUAGCACUCUUCGAGACGUACCCUUCGCGCUUGAACUUCACGGAAAAGGCGCUCUACGCAAUCGCCGAGCGGGCGGAAAAAUCAGGUACCGGAGCUCGCGCCUUGAAGAUGGAGAUGGAACGGGUCCUAGCCGAGCCAAUGUUCGACGCUCCCAUGCCUCACGUACUGAUCACGGAGGCAUGCGUCCGCGGGCUAGAAAAGCCGCUCUACUGGGGUAAGGACGGGCGAUUCGAGCUUGACAGACGGCUGCAGGAAGAGGAGCUGAAUCCACGGCCAGCAACCCAUCCGUCACCGUUCGAGCAAUACAGAGAAGCCGGUCAAAGUGGUGGUUGA